UCAUCCACCUGCUGGAAUCCCAGCUGUCAGAGAAGCCCCUGCCGCUGGGGUCCCUGCUGGCUUUGCGGCUGCACCAGCCGGCCACUGGGGAGGUGCAGUGGCUGCACCAGGACACCACCAUGUUCCAGGUGGUCGAGAAGUACCUCCCGCAGCACAACACCAGCGACUGGAGGUUUGAACUGAGGGUGCGUUAUCUCCUCAGCAACCUUAAAGAGUUCUACGAAAAGGACCCAGUGCUCUUCGCAUACUUUUAUAAACAGGUACAGAGUGAUUUCCUGGUGAAGUGUAACGACAUUGACCAAGAUCUGGCAAUUCAUCUAUGUUGCUUAGAAAUUAGGAGGUUCUGGAAAGACAUGACCCACGCGGCACUCGACAAGAAAUCCAACUACGAGCUCAUAGAGAAGGAGAUUGGGCUGCACAAGUUCCUGCCAGCUAACGUGAUAACAUCGAACAAGCCCAAGACCCUGAGGAAGCUGAUCCAGGCUCAGUUCAAGAAGUGUUCCCAGCUGAGCGAGGACAAGUGCAUGUUCCGGUUCCUGGAGCUGGUCCGGCCCGUGCUGCCCUACGACCGAGAGACCUUCCCGUGCGCGCUCGGGACUGGCUGGAGUGUUCCAGUGGAACUGGUGGUGAACCAGGAGCUUGGCAUUGGCUAUCUCACCGACCGCAAGGGACUGACCAACCACAUUGCCAACUUCCAGCAAGUGCAGAGCAUACAGACCAUUGUAAACGACGCUAGUCCCAAACCCGUCCUCCAGCUCAAGAUUGCCGGGGCUUCGGAGGUGCUGAGCAUCUCCUGCCCGUCAUUAGCGAUUGCAGAGAGCAUCGCCGAUCUCGUCGACGGAUACUGCCGCCUGAUUCAGGGCACCCAGGCGUCUUUCUGGACCAGGAAAGAUGCACAUCCACCUAAAUACAGGUCAGGCUUCAAGCACAGGAAUCAUUCCAGUUCGGCCGACGCCAAGAAACAUGGUGUAUCGGAGGAUUAUGCAGAGAUUGUGGAUGAAGAAGGAGAUUAUUCAACACCAGCAACCAAAGACUACGAGCUGUGCCGGUCAAACAUCGUGCUGGGCGACAUCAUCGGAGAAGGGCAGUUUGGAGACGUCCACAAGGGCACCUACGUUCUGAAGGCAGACAACCAAGUUGUGCCGGUGGCAAUCAAGACCUGCAAAGUGGAGACGGAGGAGGCGAUGGGAGAGAAAUUCCUCGAAGAGGCCUACAUCAUGCAGCAGUUCGACCACCCCCACAUCAUCAGGCUGGUCGGCAUCUGCUCUGACUCUCCGAUCUGGAUAGUCAUGGAGCUCGCCAAACACGGAGAGAUGCGAGCCUACCUGCAGAGCAACAAGCACCGGCUAGACCUGGCCACCUUGAUCCAGUACGCCUACCAACUGAGCACUGCUCUCUCGUACCUCGAGAGCAAGAAGUUUGUGCACAGGGACAUAGCGGCACGCAACGUCCUGGUCUCGUCUCACGACUGCGUGAAGCUGGGGGACUUUGGGCUGUCGCGUUGGGUGGAGGACCACUCGUACUACAAGGCGUCGCGGGGAAAGCUGCCCAUCAAGUGGAUGGCGCCCGAAUCCAUCAACUUCCGGCGCUUCACCGCCGCCAGCGACGUCUGGAUGUUCGGUGUGUGCAUGUGGGAGAUCCUGAUGCUGGGGGUGAAGCCCUUCCAGGGAGUGAAGAACAAUGACGUGAUUGGGCGCAUCGAGGACGGGGAGAGGCUGCCUCUGCCCCCCGACUGCCCACCCCGCCUGUACAGCCUCAUGUCCCAGUGCUGGUCGUACGAACCGUCCAAGCGGCCCUGCUUCAGGGACGUCAAGCAGGUGCUCAGCGAAAUCCUGUCCGAGGAACGAAGGCAGCUGGAGGACACCAUGCGCAGGGAAAAUCGCCGAGUUCAAGCCAUGUCCUGGGGAUCUUCUGGGUCAGACGAACCGCCGCCAAAGCCCUCGAGGCACCCCUUGGACCGUAGCGGCAGCAGCGGCGGUGCCCAGACCCCGACCCCCACCGUGGGCACCUACAUCGUGGCGCAGACCCCUGAAGUCCUGGCGCAGCUGCUUCAAGAGAACGACGGCAGCCUCCCGCCGGCGUGGGCCUACGUGGCGCCAGCGUCGCCCACCAACACCUUCACGGUACAGGACGUUGGUAGCGGGAGUAGCGGCACCAACGCCGGGGGAGGCAGCAUGGCUGGGAGCGGUAGCUUCCCGGGCGGAGGCGGUAGCAGCAGCGCGGCCGAGAGCACGACCUCGUCGUCUGCUUCUCCCCGCGCGGCCGCGGCGACCUCGUCAUCCGGCCGCAGGUCGAGCCUUGCCUCACAGGAUCUCGUGAUAGAGCAAGAAAGCUACGACAACCUUGUGGAAACGGACCAGCACGAAGUGUUGGAGCAGCGGCUGCUCGAAAUGAAGCUCCAGAGCCAACAGCGAGAGACGGAAGAGGACUCCAGGUGGCUGAGCCAGGAAGCAACACUCUUUGAUCCGUUGCCCACGACGCCAACCCGGGUGCGAGCAUCGUGCAGCGAUUGGUCGGAGACGGACAGCAUGGGAACGACCAAUGGGACGAGCCCCACCUCACCAGCGGCGGCUAGUCCCCGGGUCUUUGGAACAGAGGCCUCCAACGGCACUCUGGAGUACUCCAUGGUAGACAAGAAGUCGAAGUGCCAGAUUCAGAGGUCGGAGGCGGCCACGGCCCCCUUGACCGCUUCGCAGCCGUCACGGCACCACCCGCCCACCGUGGAGAUGGACCGCACGGACGACCGGGUCUAUGAGAGCACAACCAGGGUUGUCCGGUCGGUCAUGGUCCUCUCGCAAGGGGUGACGGAGGCGAGGGUGGACGACUACUUGGACUACGUCAAGAACGUCGGCAUUGAACUUCGAAACCUGCUGGCCAGCGUUGACGAGCUUAUGACCUUCUUUCCACUUUGGUCCAAAAAAGAGGUUGAGAUGGCACAUCGCGUCCUCAGUAAAGACAUGGCAAAUCUAGUUCAAGCCAUGAAGUUGGCUGUCAAGUACUCAAAGACGACUCUGGACGCGGAAUACCGCAAGGGCAUGUUGGGGUCAGCGCAUGCGCUCGCACUGGACGCCAAGAACCUUCUGGAUGUCGUCGACUCUGUGCGACUUCGGAUACAAGUGCCAACGUCUCCGACCUCGCCGUUGGCUUCGGCUACGAGCAGGAACGGACAGGCAGCUUCUUUAUCGCCUACCUUGGAUGGCGACGAAGUCGUCUGCUCGGCACCUUCCCCAUUGGUGACGGCUGGAAACGACCUCGAGCCAAACUAUGACGUCGCCUGAAUGUCGGUGAGGCGACGUUAUUGUGAUGUUGCCUGGCCGUUGGCGACACAACAUGGCUACAAUGCCCCGUCAACGUCGGCAACGCAGUCUGGUUUCAACGUUGCCUUGACGGCAGCGAUGCGACGUGGCUUGAUUGGAACUGUGGCUGCCCCAAAAGGGUUACCGGCUGCAUCGUGAACUGAAUUUAGUUUUUGUCAAAAUAACUUUAAAAGUUUGGGGUGUCACUUUGCGAGGGGUGGCAGCUCUGUGAGGGUCGGCCCCAAAAGCCAUUUAUGCUAAACACAUCUCGUUUAAUGCCGUAGCCAGCGGCUUGCGAAUUGGGUCACGUUUUCCCGACGGAAGCGGAACGACCACUGCAGGUGGUCUCGUCCCGCUUAGUCCGACUGCCUGGCGAUUCAUUUUUGCAGUAGCCCGAACGACGUACAAGUACAAUGUCUCAAGCAUAUCUGCUUCGGCAGUGCCAUGCACCUAACAAAAAGUUUGGAUUGCCAAGCGUCGGAAAACUCGCCGUAACCGUUUUGUAGCCGGCGGUAUCGCCACAGUUCUGUUCCCAAAAUGCCGAGCUACUAGAAGAGUGUUGUGGUGUGGCAGUACUGUGACUUGUCGUGCUUAUAUUUUUCUUUGCACGCUGCAGUAUGUCGGCGUUUGCAGGUUUCAGGUUGUGCACAAGAGUGAAAGCAAUCUCGACUGUUUUUUCGAGAUUUGAAUGGCGGGGGUUGGGGGGGAACGGCAGGAAAUGUCCCACUAGACUUUAACGACAGCAUUUAUUUACGACGGCAUCUGCUGCUCAGCAGAAAGGGUUGAACGUUUGGUUAAAUCCAUUUUUGUUGCGUUUUUAUUUACUCGAAGGUUAGCAGCUCUGUCCAGUUUAAUAUAAUUUGUUGCUCUAACGAUCGCGGCACUGAAUCAUGACGUCUCGCCGAGCCCAGUUUGCCAUUACGUUUGCGUGAUAGGAAUCUUUUUCUUAACGGCACACCGCAUAAUGGAGCUUACUAGGAUGUCCUAACCUUGCGGGAUAUUUUCUUCGGGCUUGUCCGAAUCACUUCGAUGUCCUAACCUACCGUCGUGAAUCAUCGCGUAUGGUGGCGGGCUGCGAACAUCGCGUCCGGGGCUUUCAAUUUGCACUGUCGUCCGUCGUUUUUACAUUGUCCGUUUUUAGAUCAUAUUCAUAGCAGCUAUUAUUACAGAUUUUAUAGGUAUGUUUUUUUAAUGCCACCGCAAAUGCAGCUUACUUAAACCCUCUUGUGAGAGUGCGUGAAGUGUUCGACAACAUAACCUCCUCAGCCCCCAUGACGGGCGCAAACCUAAUUUAGUUUCAGUUGGGAAUUCAUACAUUGAGCCUAAAGUUUAUUGUUUCUCAUUUGUGGUUGUUUUUUUUUUUUAAUGGAAAAGAAAAUGAAGGCAACUGAGUGACCUCUUUUCACGUAGCAGCUUUUUCGUCAACAGAGUCCUUUAUACCCAACUACCACUGACUAGUCACCCUGUAAACAUCAGCUUAACCAGCCUUAACUAGCCAUGUACAUCCCUGACAGGUAUGUCAUUACACCGAGUCCUGUAAAUACUUUUUUGACCUUUUUUUAUCACUUGUGUAAUAGCGUGUUUCGAGGUUAUAGUGCACCACUUCGACGACCAGGGGUGAAGUUGUGCCGUUCUUUGUGUCGGAAUGAGAUUUCGCUCGGCAUUUGGCCUCGAAGAGAGACAGGAUGACUGCGUCUGAAAAAAGGAAAAAGGAAGAACGCGAACGGAAGGAUGAAAACUAGAGUACUAUAUAUAAAUGUGCAUUGCCGCCGCAUCUUCGCAAAGAACGAGAUUGGUGUUUUAAAGAGAGAUUCCCAAACACUUUGUUCGGGAUGACUCUGUGUCAGUCUACUAAAUAUCGGAGUGCAUUCUUGAGAAUGUGGGAUAGGAACCGCCUGUCUCUUUGGUAUACAUUUCAAAGGCGCUCGAAGUAUGUAGCAUUUGUAGGUCCCUUUUGCCUCUCUGUGCCCGUCGUUCUCACUGUGCAGCUACGUCUGUCGCGUGGCAUUGCAGUGUCGCGUAACUCGACAUUACAAUGUGACGUGACGGUGUCGUGCGACGUCACACCACCGUGACUGUGACGCCACUGUGACGUGGUCGAAUUUACAUCCUGGCACAGAUGCGAAAGCGAAAAAAGCUCGCCCUGUAAAUGCUACGCAGUUAAAAUGGUGGCUUUCGGCCAUUUCAGCGGUAAUACGGCGCUACAGAGGUUUUUCAGACAAAGCACAAAAGUAGCAGAAGUUAGUAGGAGGUACUUGCAUCAGUAGCAAGUGUUUUGCCGAGAAACUUUGCCUUCUCUGGGCAAAGUCUCUUGAUAUGAUGUCAGUUAGCAGCAUGAGGCUUUGAGGAAGUUCGUUUUUCGGGUAGCAAGAUUUUUCGGCAAGCUGCACGAUGACGUCGCCCUUAAAUGGCCGCCCGUCGUGAGGGAAGUACAAACUUGUACCUUAGCGUAAGCCUCCUGCUAGCUACUGAAAGGUCAAUAUCCCCUCCGGGCUAGUCUUGUAGGAUUGAUGACGCUACUGUUGAAAAGAAUGUGCCUUGCAUGUUGCGAAGCUGAUCGAAUUUGCUCUUUCCGUCGACUGAAUUGAACAUCCCUCAGAAUUGAAGUGUACCGGCACGAGUGGAGCUAAAAGGCAAAGGUGGUGUCACGAGCUGCAAUCUUGAGUGUCAUCCAUAAAAAAGAACAAGGGUAGGUGUGUGUGCGUGUGUGUGUGUGUAUUGUUGCUUUUUUUUUUUUUUAAGAUGAGAGCUGGAGAAGUUUAAGAAAGCAGGGCCCAUGUUGCUGCAUGCUAUAUCAUAAUAAAUUAUCGCCGCGACCAAACUUAUGAGCAUACUUUACAAAGUAUAUGCAAAUAUAUGUGUAUAUUGCAAAAGCAA